UUUUGCAACUAAUAUAUACAGCUCUAUAAUGAUAUCAUUCACAUUAUUAGAAUUGGGUAUUAUCAUAUUCCUUAUAAUAAUUAUUCAUGAACUUGUCAUUAUUGCCUAUUCACAUAGAAAAAUAACAGAUGAUUCAAAUUACUUAUUGGCGCUUAAUCAGCCUCAUGGUUUAGGAAAAGCUCAAACAACUGAAGAGGAGAUCGAAGUUAUUGAUGAUAAUGUAUUGUUGCUGCAGAAAUAUAAAAUAACUUUAGAUACUUUACCACGUGAACUAGUAAUGGAAAUAAUCAAUAAUUUAAAUCAGUUUGAUGUGUUGAACCUUGCUUUGGUAAAUUCGAAACUUUAUUGGCCAUGUGUGGAGAAGCUCUUCAAAAAAAUAUUGGUGUAUAACAAGCAAGAUAUGAACCAUAUAAUCACUAAUCCAGAGUUGGAUACUAUUUUUUAUAAGAAUUUCACAGUUACUAAUAACUAUAAUAUGAUUAAGGGCCUACAUGAAUGGAAGCAUCCUCAUUCAAUGUUUGUUAAAAAUAUUACAAUUCAAAAUUUCAAAUUAUCCCCGGAAAUAGAGUCCACUAUGGGUGAAACAUUUCCUUUCGUUCAGAUUCAACAUUACAUGGAAAGUAUUGAAAGCUUAUCCAUAAAGGUUGAUGAAUUGGGUCUUGUGCUCAACUCUUAUAAAGAUAUUCCCUUGCAUUCGCUUAAAAAGUUGAGUAUUACUUUCCACUCAGAGACUGAACCAAAUAGUGUUGUGAUUAACAGACUAAGAGGUGUCUUUCCCCAAUUAAUUAGUCUAAAAUUGAUUCACUUAAAUGCUCAAGUUCUAGAUAAUUUUGUACUGUUACAAGUUCAAUUUGGAAAUGUUAAAUCACUAAGUUUACAAUUCAAACCUCUUGAAGAUAUUAAUGUCGACCUAAUUACUUCAUUGUUCUCUUUGGAGUCAAUUACACAAUUGGAAUUGACCUUAGAACCUUCACAUUCAAAGCCAUUGCAAAUGUCUAUUAUAAACCAUUUAGUAGAAUCUUUACCCAACUUAAGGACGUUUGUUUUAAUCCAUCAUCGCUCUGACUUUGGUAUAUUUGACAUAUUCAGACAUAUUUCAAGUGCCCAAUUAUCUAAGGUCUCUAUCCACUGCAAAGUUGCAAACCAUUCAGGGUUGCUGUAUAUUCACUUAACUUCUGAGAUUAUGAGAUUAUUUCCUUUUUCACUAGAAAUCAUUAAAAUUAGUAGUUCGAUUCAUACCAAAUUAAAAUAUGACUUGGAUUCAAUUGAUAAGUUUUUUGCAUCCCAAGAUGAUUCUAUUAAAACUGCUCCAGAAGACAUUGAAGUUAUCCAAAACACAAUUGAUUUAAUAAACCAAAGACUGAAUUUGUUUAGUCGGUUAAAAUAUAUUACAUAUGAUGAUCAUCAGUUUGUAAUUAAGAGAAAAAUGGGGUUUGCCCAAGCUCUCCCGAUAAAUUAGUGCAACCUUUUUGAUAAAUCGAUAUAUGAGGUUGUUUUUCUUAAAAUGCAUUACAAAAACUACUUGAAAAAUUGAUUGUUAGUGAAAACAGCCAUUGGAGAGAUAUGGAUUUAAGAGAAUUUGCAGCUGUCCAAAAAGGACAUAUGAACAAUAACUACGCCUAAUUAACGUUUCCUUCUGUAAACGAUUGCAAAAUUUUAGCACGUCAUUUUAGUAACCAUCAGAUCAUUUACAAAGGUAGCCCGAUUGCGGCAUUCUAAAUAUAACGUGGUCGUGUGCGAAUCCGGGCUAUAAAUUGUUUCCGUAUUUUUCCGCUAAUGUCAGUUUGCAGCCGACAAUAAUCAAUGAAAGGCGCUAUCUUUGUACUGUUGUGUUAGUCUUGGUAUUGUUUUGGUGCUGUCUUAGUGUUGUUGAGAGAUUUCAGGAUUAAGAACAAUCAUCUAAAUGAGAAAUACGUUAAGGAUCUC